UUAUUUCUAAGUAUUACCAACUUUAAAUAAUUAUAAUGAAGUUAGAAACUACAGGUAAGCCACUUACCACUAUUAUCAAAGUGAAGUCGAUACUUUUGUUGUGGUCGGUUAUUGGUAUCGUGUGGUUAUGUUUUGAAUAGUCAGCUGUCAUUUAAAACAAACGCACUGAACAUGGGCGACGAAAUUGGAAAUUCAUCACGAUUAAAUGAAGAAAAUUUAAAUCAAGACGAACUUAUAUUACAACAACAACGUCAAAUUGAAAAAGAGAUAUCUGAAUCAAUACCUUUAGUAGGUGAAUUAGAACAACUAUCAUCAUUAGAAAAUGAAUACACCGGUGACGAGGUGUAUCAAUUAAAAGUAAAAGAUUUAUCAUCAAAAUACAAGUCAAUGCGGCGUACACGACCAGAUGGAAAUUGUUUUUUUCGUGCAUUUAGUUACGCUUAUAUUGAAAAAUUACUUGAUACAAAAAAAGAAUAUGAUGAAUUUACUGAACUUGCACAGAAUAGCAAAGAUAAUUUAGUAGCAUUAGGUUUUCCUCAGUUUACUGUAGAAGAUUUUCAUGAUACAUUCAUGGAAGUAGUACAAAAAAUAGGAAAAGCAGCGUCCGAUUCAAUUUCAAAAGCAAAAGAUGAAUUACAUAAAUUAUUUAAUGAACAAGGAUACUCAGACUAUAUGGUUGUUUAUUUGAGAUUAUUAGCUAGUGGUCAAUUACAAAAAGAAAGUGAUUUUUAUCAGAAUUUUAUUGAGGGUGAUCGUACUGUUGCUGAAUUCUGUCAUCAAGAAGUCGAACCCAUGUAUAAAGAAAGUGAUCAUAUUCAUAUUAUUGCUAUUUGUACGGCAUUAAAUGUGGGUGUACGUGUUAAAUACAUGGAUCGUGGAGAAGGUGGACAAGUAAUUGCACACGAUUUUCCAGAAGGAUCAACACCAUCCGUCCAUUUAUUGUACCGACCUGGCCAUUAUGAUAUUCUUUAUCAACUGUAAUGUUGGAACACGAUUUUUGAAUGAGAAAUAAAUUAAUAAUUACACAGA